AUGUCGGGCAACGGACUGUAUGAUCCGGACCAAAUCGCGGUGGAUACGCGGUGGAUUGAACCUUGGAGCGAAGCUUUUAGGGCACAAAGAGAUGUUGGCCUCCGCGUCCCUAUCAAUUUUCACACUGCUGCAGCGGUGUCGUUGCAACAAGCAUGCUUUGCCAACAACCAAUACGAGCAUAAUGCUUUCCAAAAGUGCUUCUCAAAUUUACUGGCAGUGGGAUUUCCACAGUUCAUAGUCGAUACCUAUUGGGACCCACUGCGUUCAGUAUGGAGUUUGUGUCCAGUAGAGCUGCCACAGUCGAAUGGAGGUCCCAAUUCAGACAGUGUGCCUGUGGCGACUGGGGCAACAGUAGUCGCCUCAAGUGAUACUGUGCUGGCACAGAUACCACAGUCGACGUUGAAGAUACCUCCGUUGAAGCGUCAGGCAACAUCAUCCGCGGGGGAGUCGCCAUCCGCAGCAUCUUCGACUCCAUCUUCAUCUUCGUCAACUUCAGCAAGCGCAGCAUCGCCAACUAUCAUCAACUUUCCGUCUUCCAAUGGACCACCAAUUCUGCAGGUCGGCAGUUAUAACUGCACUUCUUUAAUGACACUAGUUCUGCUUACCGGCAUAUUGCAAAACUUUCUAGAAACAACAUCUACCACCACAGGCGCUUCGAUUACAAUGUUCACUUUCAAUGUACAUGCACCAGCGUCCUUGAGUGAACCAGAUGCACCAGCUCCGAACCUUACUCCGAAUCAGCUGCCAGUAUCAGGACAGCUUCUCAGCGAUGUACUACAGGGCAACCUUUCAGAUAAGACUUUUACGCCGUCUCUUUUAUCAAGUCAGCGUGCGAAUCUGGAUAACUCAUGGUUUGACGUCAGCUGGAAUAAUCUCCCAUUAGACGGUUACUACGAGACUUUGAAGAAUGGUCAAAACCAACGCUUCACCAACAACGGGUGGCCAACAGAGGCAUUCAUGGAGUUCCAGCAGUUCUAUAGGGUUGUUGCUAGCUACGGAACCGUGGAUGCUCAGAUGUCACUCUACAACAUUGGACCAGAUCUAGACUACAUGUUCCGCCCCGGCACCACCGUCGAAAAAAGAGCAACAUCAUUCGGCGCCGAUGGACGCGUAACAUCCGGUUGCCUCUUCGCUGCCAACGAAGACACCGUCAUCCAAACAACGAACUCCUCGUUCGCUCUCACUCCCGCACCACCCCUCUCCAUCGCCGCAAACCCGGACUUCGCAUCCCCCAUUCCAUCCAUCGCCAACCUCACCGCCUGCGGCCUAACCCCGUUCCUCAACCAAACCCUCGCAAACACAACCGCAGACAAGAACCCACUCCCAUACGCCGCAUACGUACACUCCACACUCUGGACCUUCGCCCCAGGCCAGCCCCUCAACGCCUCAGACGACAGCACCGACCCCAGCGAAAACCGAUGUGUCGUAAUGAUGAGAUCGCCCUACCCCAGCCGGUGGCGCGUAACAAACUGCGGCGAAGCCCACCGCGUCGCCUGCCAUGACCCCCACAAACCCUACGCCUGGCACAUAUCCUCCGACGCCACCCCCUACGCAAACGCCGCCUCUUUCUGCGCCUCCCCCGCCGAAUUCAGCGUCCCCCACACCCCCCUCGAAAACGCCCACCUCUUCUCUGCUUUCCAGUCCACCGCGCCUACAGACGAUGCUGUGUAUAUCAACUUGAAUAGUUUGAGCGUGAGAGAUUGCUGGGUCGUCGGCCUCAAUGGUACGUGUCCGUAUCUGCCUAGUACGGAUACAGAUCGUACAAGGAUUGUGGUUGUGCCGACGGUGGCGGCGGUGCUGAUUUUCUUGUUUGCGGUGCUUACUUUCUUUGUAAAGUGUGCGGCUAAUCGGAGGGAGACGAGGAGGGGGCGGAAGAGGCGGUUGGUGGAUGGAUGGGAGUAUGAGGGUGUGCCUAGUUAG